AUGGCGAAACGGGGAAACAAGCUGGAGUUACGGAAAGUGGUUGAUAGUGAGAUCACUGAUCCACUGUUCACUAACCCAGUGGUUGAUAUUGAGAGCACUGAUCCAUUGUUCUCUCACCCAGUGGUUGAUAGUGAGAGCACUCAUCCACUGUUCUCUCACCCAGUGGUUGAUAGUGAGAGCACUCAUCCACUGUUCUCUCACCCAGUGGUUGAUAGUGAGAGCACUCAUCCACUGUUCUCUCACCCAGUGGUUGAUAGUGAGAGCACUCAUCCACUGUUCUCUCACCCAGUGGUUGAUAGUGAGAGCACUCAUCCACUGUUCUCUCACCCAGUGGUUGAUAGUGAGAUCACUGAUCCACUGUUCACUCACCCAGUGGUUGAUAUUGAGAUCACUGAUCCACUGUUCACUCACCCAGUGGUUGAUAUUGAGAGCACUGAUCCACUCUUCGCUCACCCAGUGGAUGAUAAUGAGAGCACUGAUCCAUUGUUCACUCACCCAGUGGUUGAUAGUGAGAAGACUGAUCCACUGUUCACUCACCCAGUGCUUGAUAGUGAGAGCACUGAUCCACUGUUCACCCUACCAGUGGUUGAUAGUGAGAGCACUGAUCCACUGUUCACUCACCCAGUGGUUGAUAGUGAGAGCACUGAUCCACUGUUCACUCACCCAGUGGUUGAUAGUGAGAGCACUGAUCCACCGUUCACUCACCCAGUGGUUGAUAGUGAGAUCACUGAUCCACAGUUCACUCACCCAGUGGUUGAUAGUGAGAGCACUCAUCCACUCUUCGCUCACCCAGUGGUUGAUAGUGAGAUCACUGAUCCACUGUUCACUCACCCAGUGGUUGAUAGUGAGAGCAAUGAUCCACUGUUCACUCACUCAGUGGUUGAUAGUGAGAGCACUGAUCCACUGUUCUCUCACCCAGUGGUUGAUAGUGAGAUCACUGAUCCACUCUUCGCUCACCCAUUGUAUGAUAGUGAGAGAACUGAUCCACUGUUCUCUCACCCAGUGGUUGAUAGUGAGAUCACUGAUCCACCGUUCACUCACCCAGUGGUUGAUAGUGAGAGCAAUGAUCCACUGUUCACUCACUCAGUGGUUGAUAGUGAGAGCACUGAUCCACUGUUCUCUCACCCAGUGGUUGAUAGUGAGAUCACUGAUCCACUCUUCGCUCACCCAGUGUAUGAUAGUGAGAGAACUGAUCCACUGUUCUCUCACCCAGUGGUUGAUAGUGAGAUCACUGAUCCACCGUUCACUCACCCAGUGGUUGAUAGUGAGAGCACUGAUCCACUGUUUUUAGCUUUUAUCCACCACUCGCUCAACUCUCUCAAUGGUUAA